ACUAGCAAGCAGAAGUCACGCAUUUCAUGUGUUGUGAAGCAAAAGCAAGGUUCAGAAAUACAAGCUGUCUAUGAAGAUAUAAGAUUUGAUCACUGCAAAAUGGACGAUAGUGAAAACUAUCACUCUCCAACAGACACAGAGGAUGAUGUUUAUGUGAAUACAGAAGACUGUCACGCAGAGCUGAAAAAUUCAGAUAUCUCUGACCGCACUGAGCUGAAAGACAAGAAGAAACCAGGAAAGAUCUUCAGAUCUGCUUUUGGUCUCCUCCUAAUACUUGGUGUUUUAUUAACACUCUGUGUUGGGAUCCUUUAUCACAACAAAGUGGUUUCAUGUGAGAUAUUAAGUGAGCAGUAUUCUAAUGUUACUGAAACAUUGAUGACGCAGGAUCAUAAAGUCAAGGAGAUAGAAAAACUGUAUGAAGCACUGAAGGUGAAGCAUCAGCAAGUUCAGGAAGAUCUCGCUGCAUGCAGUGCAAAUAAAAACAAUGGACAAUGUGAGGAAGGAUGGAAGUCUCUUGGUUUAAAGUGUUACUACUUCUCCACUCAUACACUGAACUGGACACAGAGUCGAGAUUACUGUGUGGAUAAAGGAGGCCACCUGGUGAUUAUAACCAGCCAAACUGAACAGCACAACUGUCAGCUGUUGUUACAGAACCUAACAUUCUGA